UGGGGAUCAGCGAGUGGGUAAUGACAUAGGAGGUUCCGGAUUUCUCAGUACAUGACGUGCGUUUGUCUGCGGUUCCUGAGUGGUUGCGAGAGCGGGUAUCAGAGUGAAUCUGGAUGCGUGAGAACUGGUGGUGUUCUGGUGGGCUUUGCUUUUCUGGGUAUGUAGAAGGGGUUAUGGGGUUGGUUUUUCUGAGGCUUGGACCAUCGGUUCUUUCCUCUUGUACUGAGGUUUGGGGAUACUGGUUUAUUGGUUUUUGUGAGUGUGAAUGGUUUUGUUAUGAGUCAUAUAUGUUGUUGUUGUUGUUCUCGUGGAUCUGUAGGGUUCGUUUUUUUUGCACCUUACAACUUUCAAAUGUGAAGACAAGACAAUCACCGAACACAGAAAUCGGGGUAACUAAUGACUAGUCAUACGUAUGUCGAAUAUACAGUAGCUUGCAAUUGGAAC